AUGGCUGGGCUCCUUCGCAAUGGAAGAAUCCCCGUCAAACCAUCCAGACUGCUCAGCCCGUUACAAUCCGUGGGAGCGAAUAAAACGAUUGCAAUGAGCACGUUUUACUCUCCUCAUUAUGUCUUCGCCCUAAGCAGCAACCGGUAUACUUCAGAAGCUGAUACCCUAGCAAAAGAAUGGGCCGAAAGACGAUACAACACGAGAUCAGAGCUAUUCUGGUGGACCUGCAUAACGAAAAAGGAAACCUUAACCAGCAAGAAAACCCUGAGAAGUUGGAUAGCUAGGCGAACGAGGAUGGCAUUCGUGGAGAGUUUGAGGAAGAGGGGAUAUGAUUCGGAUGGGACGCGAUUGGAUCCUACGGAUGGAGGGAAGGCGUUAUAUGGGACGGCGCAACUUCUGGUGAGGGAGCCUUGUAUUUUUAUGAAAACAGAGGAUGUGAGAAAGGAGACGGACUUGGCUCUUGAGAUUAUUUUUCAAAGGAUGAAGAAGCUGGAGGGUAAGCAGAAAGAUGGCCAGGUUGCGAAAGCACCCAAAGCAUCCUAUGACGGGAGAACGAGUACGUUGAGACAAGGAAGUCAGAGAAGAUAUGAGAUAUCCAAAACUUUGGCAUCGACAAAAAGUCAGAAGCAAUGGAGCGAGGGGAAAGGCAUUAUUCGAAAGACAUCAGAGAGAGUGCAAAACGAGGAGCAAGGUAUUGUUCGAAGGACAACGGAGAGGGAGCGAAUACUCGAGCCAGGAGCAGAUACCAACAAGAAGCCGCCUCGAAAUAGAAGCCAUAAUGGGGGUUUCACGAUAGGGAGGAAAAUUCAAUGA